AUGAAAGCUUUCGUUUUGGUAAAGGUUGCAAAGUUGUUGGGAUGCACUUCAUGGUUAGGGGGUGGACCAGGGCUUAUGGAUGCUGGAACUCGGGAUGCUCUUGAAGCAGGAAAGCCAGUUGGUGGGUUCAAUAUUGCUCAAGAAGCAGGGGAAUGGAAAACAGCCAUUUUUCAUCCAUAUCUUCUUUCUCAUGCUUACCUUACAUGCAGGUUUUUUUCUGCAAGAAAGCAUGGGUUGAUGGAUGCAGAUGUUAGAAGUAGUAAAGGGGAUAAGACAGGUGUAAUUGUGUUACCAGUGUCUUUGCCCUUCUUGUGGACAUACGAUCCAAUCGAGGCUAAGGGGUUGAUUCCAGAUUUGCCUAGAUUACCAUUCGAAGUGAAGUUUGACCUGAAAGAUCAAGAAGUUAUUGAGCAUUUGAAAGCUAAGGUUGGGUGUGAUACAAAUGAGCUUCACCCCUUAUUGACCAAUUCAUUCAAAUGA